AAACCUAAAAAUUUUUCGACAUCAUGGACCUCAAGAUCAGAGUCAAAGGGGAGUCGAGCAUCACUCGCCUUGCUGACCAAGGUGUUCUUCGGCUCACUGUAGAAUCAGAGGGCUCUGAAUUAGAGACCGUGUCUAAGGAGGUCAUUUCGAGGACUAACGAACUCCGUGGACUCUUCAAAACACUGUCUCCUAAGACCGACGAUGGUACCGACGCCGCAGACGUGGCGGUAACCAAAAUUGCCUCUACUAUUCUUCGCACGAGGAACCACACACCCCACGACAAAGAUAACAAGUCACUGCCCAAGGUGUAUCAAGCCUCCAUGUCCCUGAGCAUCGUAUUCCGCGAUAUCACCCAGCUUAGCCAGGUGGUUGGCCAGCUUGUGACCUACUCUAAUGUCGAAAUUAAUUCGAUCGACUGGAGUUUGAGCGAGACGAGUCAGAAAGCCCUGCACUCGCAAAUGCGCAGAGAGGCUGUUCGUGAUGCACUUAGUAAAGCCAACGACAUUGCCGGAGAGGUUGGAAGGGAAGUAUAUCCGGUGGAGAUCAUAGACGAGGGACAAAGCGCUGUCACGCAACAUCCACCGGCAAAAAGAUCUCUUUUUGGUGCCACCGCUGGCUUCGGAAGCGCGAGUGGGGGAGGUCUGUUUGGUGGCGGUGGUCCUAGCAACCCCCCUGAGUUUUCUGAGACACUCGAUCUUAGUCCUCCAGACAUUCAAGUUACGAGCUUGAUGGACGUUGAAUUCCAGUCUUUCCCCGGAAAAUGAGAAAAGAACUAUUUAUUAGUGGUUUCCUUUGAGUGAUUAAUGUCCUACCAUAUCGCGAAAUACAUCCAAUCAGAUUUAUCAAAGCUUA